UGUGCCAAUAAUGAACUGAACUGUCAACACGGCUCUUCUUCAAUAACCAGUGAUCACUUGUGUCUGGGCUCACGGAAGAGCCCGCGAACUCUCUCUGCAAGGGCAAAGCAGGCAGUAGUUCAGACCAGGGGAGCAUUCCAGAGCCUCAGUGAAAUGGACUUCCCCGGUGCCCGGGGAAUUACACCAAGCCAGUGACGUGGAACCACAAUCAGAACUGCAACUCGCCUGCAAAAUAACACUGGACUUACUGAGGUGGGGAGCGAGCACGGAGCUGCAGGAAAAUGUAUUGUCUGGGAUUUGGGAAUGACAGAACCGGCUACAAGGGACACUGAGCGGUGAAAACCAUGGGCACAGCGGAGGUGAUCCUAUCGCUCUUCCUGGGAAUUUUGAUGAUCGUGUCGUUGCUGUCCAAUGUCCUGGUGCUGAUCUGCUUUCUGUACAGUGCUGAAAUCCGGAAACAGGUCCCUGGGAUGUUCAUCAUUAAUUUGACGCUCAGUAACUUGUUGACGACUGUGCUGAACAUGCCAUUAACUUUAGUGGGGAUCAUCAAUAAGGAGCAGCCGGGAGCCGACUCCGUCUGCCGACUCGUAGGCUUCCUGGAGACUUUUCUGGUAACCAAUUCCAUGCUGAGCAUGGCUGCUCUAAGUACUGACAGAUGGAUUGCGGUGGUUUUUCCUUUAAGUUACAAUUCUAAGAUGCGUUACAAGGACGCUGCCAUCAUGCUGGGUUACACGUGGUUUCACUCUCUGUCCUUUCCUAUUGUGGCAAUCUGUCUAUCCUGGGUCGGUUACAGCCGCCUAUACGCCUCCUGCACUCUCUGCCAGACCCGAACUGAUGAUCAGACCCAAUUUGUGGUUUUUACGGUAGUUUUUCACGCCCUCAGUUUUCUUCUUUCGUUAAUAGUGCUAUGUUUCACCUAUCUGAAAGUGCUGAAAGUGGCGCGAUUUCACUGCAAGAGGAUAGAUGUAAUCACCAUGCAAACGCUAGUGUUACUGGUGGACAUUCAUCCAAGUGUAAGACAACGCUGCCUGGAAGAACAGAAACGGCGAAGACAACGGGCAACAAAGAAGAUCAGUACUUUCAUCGGCACCUUUAUACUGUGCUUUGCACCUUAUGUCAUUACAAGGCUGGUGGAGUUGGCUGUGUCAGCACCAAUCAAUCCAUACUGGGGAAUUCUUUCCAAAUGUUUGGCUUAUGGCAAGGCUGUUUCAGACCCCUUUGUAUAUUCUCUGUUGCGUCAUCAGUACAAGAAGACAUGGAUGGACAUUAUUAAUAGACUGCUUAAACGAAGCUCCUUAAACUCCUCGGCACUAACAGGUGAAACACCAAACAGCAAUUUUGUACAAACAACUGAGUGA